UCCAAACUUUGUUGGCAAAUGUUAGUUAAAGUGAUAAAUCAGUGAAUAAUUUAUUUUUAAAUCAGAAGUGAAUAAAGUUAGCUAUAAUAAUAUUAAUGACGCGCAACUUACCAGAAUCACCAAGGACGACGACCUUUACUUUCUCAAUUGCAGCCAUUCACAGGUAUUAUGACCGAAGAACGAUUAGUGACUGAAGUUCCCAGCAGUUUGAAACAACUUGCCAGGCUUGUUGUCAGGGGCUUCUACACAAUCGAGGAUGCCUUGAUUGUAGACAUGUUGGUCAGAAAUCCUUGCAUGAAGGAAGAUGAUAUUUGCGAACUCCUAAAAUUUGAACGGAAAAUGUUGAGAGCUAGAAUAGCUACUUUGAAAAAUGAUAAAUUCAUUCAAGUACGGCUCAAAAUGGAGACUGGUGCUGACGGAAAGGCUCAAAAGGUGAAUUACUAUUUUAUAAACUACAAAACGUUUGUGAACGUGGUCAAGUACAAAUUAGAUCUCAUGCGAAAACGCAUGGAGACCGAGGAACGCGACGCCACAAGUCGCGCCAGCUUCAAAUGCCCAUCUUGUGGAAAAACGUUCACAGAUCUCGAGGCUGAUCAGCUAUACGAUAUGAUGACACAGGAAUUCAGGUGCACUUUUUGUAGUCAAAUAGUGGAAGAGGACCAGUCCGCGCUCCCGAAGAAGGAUUCGAGGCUGUUGUUGGCGAAGUUCAACGAACAACUGGAAACUCUUUACAUAUUACUAAGGGAAGUUGAGGGUAUCAAGUUGGCACCCGAGAUAUUGGAACCCGAACCUGUGGACAUCAACACAAUCAGAGGGUUAACAUCAAAGCAGCCAUUGAACAGGCCAUCUGGCGACCAAUGGUCAGGCGAGGCCACACGCAACCAAGGUCUGGCCGUGGAAGAAACCAGAGUGGAUGUGACCAUCGGCGAUGCGGAUAACGCGUCUGAUUCUGCCACGCAGCGCAAGGAACGGCCAGUAUGGAUGGUGGAGAGUACCAUCGUCACCAACGACCAGGGCGACAGCGUGCACUCGACGGACGCUGCUCUGGAGAAGGCGGCCAGCAACGCUGCCAAUACCAAGACCACUGGCAAAGAGAAGAACGACGACAUUAUGUCCGUGCUGUUGGCCCACGAGAAACAAAACACUGGUAAUACUGCUGUUAACACCCUGAAGGGUGCUGAACCAGAUAGCUCGGACUCCAGUGACAAUGAAUCCAAAGAUCCAUAUAAGCUCAAAGAUGAGCUAGCUGCCGUUGCCGAAAUGGAAAGCGAAGAUUCCGAAGUCGAAGACAACGCUCCUACAGUGUUGGUGAACGGCAAACCGGUGUCGCUGACUAGUGUAGACGAUGACGUCAUUGCGCGCAUGUCUCCCACCGAGAAGGAAACCUACAUACAAGUGUAUCAAGAGUACUAUAGCCAUAUGUACGACUAAUUGUUGUAGUUAUAAGAUUUAACAAUAAAUGUUUCAACAUUAAAUGAGUAAUCAUC